GCGGCCGGGGCGGCCAACGACGUCCUGGAAGCUCCCCUCCCCCUUGACCCGGACGUGGAAGGCGGAGAGCGCCGUUACCUAGAGGCGGGCGGAAGUCGGAAGUGGCGGCUUGUAGAGAACGAAAGAGAGAGUGAGGGGGCAGCAGGAGAGAGGAGCAGCGCCCCCUCUCGUUGCCACGGCAACAACACCAGGAAGAGGGAUUGAUGAUGGCUGUAACUUAAUCUUUGUCAAGGCCAGAACUAUUCUGGAACCCAAGUGCCAUGGAGAGCCUCCGACUUGGGACUGGAGGGCUGUGUGAACCCAAACCAGAGCACUCUGACUUGGGCAGGACUGUUCUGCACACUGCUAACUACUGUGAGGCGGAUGAGUGCUCCUUCUCAGAUGGUGGCGAUGCAGGAAGCAGCAUGUUGGCUGGUGGUCGGGACUCUUGGGGAUGCUGCCUGGAAAGCCUAGCCCAGCAGAGAGGUGUUGGUUUUGGAAGCAAGAGAGGCUUGUGGGCUGCCUCCUGAAAAGGUGGAGGUUCCAGGUGAGGAGGGAAGUAUGAGGGAGACUGAAACUGCUUGGGAUGAAAGCUCUGAACAAGAGAACAGCAGCUUGCAUGCCUCUGGCUAUGAAGCUGACUCCUGUAAUUGUCAGGGAGAGAUCUCUGGAACUUAUUCAGAGAAAGAGAAUGACUUGUGUGGCUUCACUUGCCAGCACUGGCCUUCUGGCUUCAAGGAGAAGGACAUGUCAAAGUUACUACAAGGCCAGGAAGAAGAUAUUGAAGAUGACGUGGCAGCAAAGGCCCAGGAGGACCUCUCUGACUGCACUAGGGCUCCUUCUGGGAGGAAGGUAUCCCGGCAGCAAAGGCACCGUUCUGCUGCUAAAGAAAAGUUUGAAGGGCGUUUUGCACUAUCUGGGGGGAAGCACCGGCAGACUAGGAAGAGGAGCAGUGGUGGGCGGCACCAUGCCAGAGGCGAGCUGUUCAAGCACCUGGAGGGGUUGACCUCUUUCUGUGUCUCCUGCUUCAAACUCUUCAUUGGCCUAAUUGUGCAGGUCACCCACAGGUGUGGUGAAGGUGUGGAAGCUGGUGGAAAGCUGCUCUACUCUUGCUGCUGCUUCAGCCCACGUGACCUAGACACUGUUCGAACUGGUGUGUGGGCUUGGAUCCAGCAUGCCAUAUUGGCUUGCAGAAAACUGAUGCGACAGCUCAGCCUGUGGAUGAGCCUGACUUACCGCCUGCUCAAGAUGCUUUGUGCUGUGUUCUUCUUGGUGCUCAUGCUUCUCAUAGGUAGCCUGAGACUCUGCUGGCGGGUCUUAAAAUCAGGCCUGCUCAACAUCUUGGGCAGGUGGAGUCACACCAGCCAUGGGGCCUGGCUCCUCUCAACUGUUGACCUGCCCCAAAUUUGGGCCCUCUUCAAAGAAAGCAGGACUUGCAAGUGGGCGGUAGGUCUGCUUCUUAAGUGGCAUGCCUUCCUUUGGAUGCCCAAAGGACUAAGGACCAACCAGCCUGGAGAAACUGCUUACAAUUGUGCUCCUGGUGGAUCUGGGCAGUACCAGCCUGCUGAAGAGGUGGCCCGCCUGCUUACUAUGGCACAUACUCCUGAAGAAGAGCUUAAUCCUUUCCAGGUCUUGGGCUUGGAAGCAACAGCAUCGGAUGCAGAGUUGAAGAGAGCUUAUCGGCACUUGGCAGUACUGGUUCAUCCAGACAAGAAUAAGCAUCCACGGGCAGAGGAGGCCUUCAAGGUAUUGCGAGCAGCUUGGGAUAUCGUCAGCAACCCUGAGAGGAGGAAAGAAUAUGAAAUAAAGCGUAUGGCGCAGACAGAGCUGAAGUCAAUGAACGAAUUCCUUUCCAAACUGCAGGAUGACCUGAAAGAAGCCAUGAACACAAUGAUGUGUAACAAAUGCCAGGGGAAGCACAAGCGGUUUGAGAUGGACCGUGCCCCACUGAAUGCCCGCUACUGUGCAGAAUGCAGCAAGCUUCAUGCUGCUGAGGAAGGUGAUUUCUGGGCCGAAUCCAGCAUGCUCGGGCUGAAGAUCACCUAUUUUGCCAUGAUGGAUGGAAAGGUUUAUGACAUUACAGAAUGGGCUGGCUGUCAGCGAGUGGGAAUCUCCCCAGAUACACAUCGGGUUCCGUAUCACAUCACUUUUGGAUCAAGAGGUUCCAGAGGACGCCAGAGAGCUGCUCCAGACAGAAGCCCUGCUUCAGCUGCAGAGCUGCAAGACUUCUUCAGUCGCAUCUUCCAAGGGAACCCUGGGCAGAUGCCGAACGAAAACCUCUUCAGCACGCCCCAGCCGCCAUCACCAGGGGGUGUGCCAACCCCUCCUGCCCCUUCGUCAAAAGUGGACAGUACCUCCCAGAAGGGAGAUUCCAAACAGAAACGUCGGAGAAAAGUGCGACGCCCCUUUCAGCGCUGAGAAUGUGACUGAGUGGGAGUUAAAUCUCCCAGGCCUGCUGGAUGCCAGGCUUUUUGUCAGGUAGUAAAAGGGCUGUUUCAAAAAGGGGGAAGUGUAUUCUUGCUAGUGUCAAAAAUCCAGAUGAUUCAGGCACCUCUGGAUCAUCCAGCAAGUUCUGGCUGGAAAAAGCCAUUUUCCUCUUCACUGCAAUUGUUGACACAGAUCCCAUUAUACCAAAGAACUCCCGUGAAUGGCUUCCUGGAAGUGACAUCAUGAAGACAUGGCACACAUGGCCAGGUGCAGGGUGGCAGUGCAGACCAUACAGAACCAUGGGAUCUCUCUGUAAGGUGAAUUUUUCCUCCAAGGGAUGCUUCUAGAAUUGUCCAGCAUUCCCUCUUCAGCAGGAAUAUGGCUAGGACCCAAGGUGUUAGUCUUCUUCACAAAGAUGCUUGGAUUGGAGCCUCUUCUGCGUUGCCCUACUUAUCCUGCUAUCAAAGGCCCUUAGCUCAGCUGGGGCUACGGUAAAAGCUGGGCCCUUAUAGGGUGGCUAGCCACCCAGAAACAGACUUGCCUUGGCCUGUGGUAAUUUCAAGGUGUGCAGGAAAGGAGCCCCUUGUUGCUGUGCAAGAUCAGCAGGGAUCCUUUCACCCCAAGCUUGGUGUCCUACAGUUGUAUGAGAAGAGGUUAAGGUACCCUUCUCCCCCACGUACAGCAUCCUUGCUGAAAAUGUGCAAAGGGCCCAUCUAGACUCCAAAUGCAGUAAUGUUAAGAGGUGAAGAUACACCCUAGUUAUUGUUAACAGGGGCUGCACAAAGACAGUGCAGAUACUCAGGAUUAUGCCGAGCAGGCUUUCCCCUCCUACUUUGAAUCCUGGAUGUUCCCUGGUUCCAUUGCAAGACUACUGAGAGGAGACAUUCUGCACCACCCCUUCUUUAACGAGCAAACAGCCACUUGUGGCUCUGAAUGCAAAUGGACUCUUUCUGAGAGAUCAGUUCCAAGUUCCUUUCUUUCUAUGGUGCUUGGUUUGCUCUUCCUUGAUCUUGGCAAGCACCCACUGCUUGCCUACAUGUCCCAGGACUUUUUCACAGAUCAAAUCAGUUAAGAUUAACUGGCAGUUUAGGCCCCAAGGUUUAGCAUGGGUGGUCAGCUCUGUAACCACCCAACCUGUUUUAUUGAAGGUUAAUUUUUUUAAAAAGUUAAUAUUUGUAUGUACAUACAUAUAUUUAAUACCAUGUGUAUUCCUCUUUCUAUAAAUGCAUACAAAUGCCUUGGAAA